CUUCCUGCCCGCCGUCUUCGCCGCUGUUUUCUCUCUCAUCAUCAUCAUCACCACCACGUCCUCCUCCGACCUCCCUCCACCAGGAACGGCGCCGUGUCACCAGACAGCUCCAUUUCCUACCACUUUGCCUUGACUAACCAGCAGGGAAAAGGCAAGACAUAUUUGUUCCUGGCUCGGUCCCCGACACAAUCAGGUAGACAGACCCCCACCAAAAAAGCGCAAAGACCGGAGCGGAAGGACGCAAUUCAGCACAAGCGUCUGAGCAUCAACAAAUACCUCUCGAUACCCGACUCUUCUCUCCUUUUCUCGCUCCCGCUUUGACGCCUUGGUCUUUGCCCAUCUUGCACUCUGGGUAUUUGGCGUUUGUUAUUUUUUUCUUUCUCAUCGUUGCUUACGCUUCAUGACUUUACGACCGUCAAUGGACCCCCCAAGAUACCAAUAGACUUCUGCUUGCUUUAUUUCGCCCAGAGACACAGUCUCUCCAACCGAGCUUCGAGGCUCCAUUUCAACCGAUAACCAGCCCCGACAGGUGCUGAGGUUCGCUCAACAUGAGCGCCCCUCCUCCGCCUCCGCCCCAUGGCGAGGCACCCAAAACCACCGCCGGCUCCCCUCCUCCCGGCGCUGGCCUGGGCCCCGGCAACUACGACAUCUUUGUCAUCCCCCAACGCGACAAGGGUGGCGGAUUCAUCUACCUGCCCUCUCUGGCACCUAACGGCCCCAGCUUCGCCGCUGGCUUCGCAUGCGCCCUCGUCCUCGUCGUCUUGUUCCAGAGCAUGGCUCCGGCUUUCAGGGCAUGGUGGGGAACCUACCAGGGCAUGGGCAACAUGGGCAUGACACUCCUUGUCAUUGCCGUCGGCGUCGGAGCAUGGGCAUGGGGAAAGUCGCAGAACCAGUCUUCUUCUUCUUCGAACAACGGCUCGAAUGCCAACUACCGCUCUGGUCCCGGCGGCUACGGUGCAGGCGCAAACUUCGGCGGUGGCUACGCAAACACGGGCCCGCCGCCGCCUCCUCCGCCUCAUGGCAACCAAUACAACGGCCCUCCUCCGAACUCCCCGCCGCCUAACCACGGCGCAGGAAACGGCGGCCCUAGAUCUCAAUGGCAAGAACGACCACAGCCUCCACCUCCUCAGGAACCUGAAACUGAACCUGAGCCAGAGCCGGAACCCCGCAAGCCGGACCCUCCCCCGAAACCAAAGCCUGACCCGUCCAAGGGCGCCUGGGAAAAGGCCCGGGAGGAGACGAAGAAGCGCGAGCAGGAGCGCAAGGUGAAAGAGGAGGAGGAGCGCAAAAAAGCAGAGAUGGCGAGGAAGCUUAAGGAAUUUCGAGAAAGAGAGGCCCGCGAGCGCGCAAGACGAGACAGAGAGGAACGAGAGAGAAGAGAGAAGCUGGAGCAGGAGAUACGCGAGAAGGAAGAUCUCAAGCAGAAGCUCGAGAAGGAGCGCCAGGAGAGGGAGAAGCUUCAGCGUGAAAAGGAGAAAGCCGAGCAGGAGGCCAAGGAGGCCAGAGAGCGUGAGGCCAAGGAGGCCAAGGAACGCGAGGCGAGGGCCGCCAAAGAAAAAGAAACCAAGGAGCGCGAGGAGGCGCGAAAGAAGGAGGCUGCCGAAGCGGCCGCCCGCAAAGCCCGCGUCGAGGCACAACUCGAGGCCUUCCGGAAAGCAAAGAAGGAGCGCGAAGAGGCAGAAAAGGCGAAGAAGGAACGCGAGGAGGCAGAGAGGGCCAAGAAGCUGGCCGAGGAAGAGGCUGCUGCCCGUAAAGCCAAAGAAGAAGCGGAUCGCAAGGCCAAGCAGGCCGCUGAGGAGGCCGAGAAGAACAGUCGCAAGGGAAGUAGCUACGCCUUCUCGUCGGUCGGUGAGAAGACGAGUAUGUGGCCCAACGGCCGACCCCCUGUUCCCCCCACGACGGCGGCUUCGACGCCGCCAAGACCACCCCCCUCUGCUUCAUCGUCCGCUCCCCCGAGACCUCCCCCUUCCGCCAGCUCGGUACCGCCAAGGUCGGCGCCGUCUGCGGCCUCAUCUUCGAACACAGCCAGACAACAACAGCCACCACCACGGCCGUCAGCGCGGACAGUCGAUGAAGACCAGCACUCAUAUCGACCAUACGACAAACCGAAACACAGACCGGCGUCUUCGAUCGGCUCGGAAUCAUCGUGGGCGCCGUCGGCCACGACGACGAGGACAACGCCGCCGCCCAGUAUGCGCGGCCCGUACACGACCAAGGAUCCCGACAAGAUCGUCAUCAGGGCCGUGUACCUGUUCAUGAACCAGUUCGCCAAGACGCCGGCCAGCCAGCUCGUGUCGGGGUUCGGCACGGUGACGGACGGCCUCAUCCUCCGGAUCACGACGGAGGGCCUCUUCAUCGACGACGACGUCCGCGGCGUCCCACAGCGCGAGUGGGACGUCAAGGCGUGGACGCUAAAGCUGGUCGAGGUAUGGUGCCCCCCGCACUGCUUGAGUUCCAAUGCUGCUCCUGCCCCUGCGAAUUCUGCGAAUCAUCCCUCCAAUUUGUUUCAGAAGAUGGCGAACCAGCGAGCUCGUACGGCGGACAGGGGCGCCACCAAGGCGCUCACGGGCGACGAGGCCGACGCGUACCUGACCGAGAUGUUGCGUGCUUGCAAGAGUUGCUGUCGUCUUGGCUUGUGCGACACAAAGUUCAAAGAUACUAACGUGGCAUCUUCGACGGGACAGACCGGGGAGUGGAGGACCAAGAGCCUGCACGUACUGCGCGCCACGGUUCGGGACCAAGAGGGCAAGCGAUACAUGUUUGUCCUCGACGAGGAAGAGGCCUGGAAGGUGGCCGUGGGCGUCCAGCGUUUGCGUAAGGGCACGCAGGUACGCUCGCUGGGCGUCAGCGGCAUGAGCGCCUCGGAUGCCCGCGGCACGCUCGAGACCCUGGGCUGGUCAUGAGGGGCGGUGCCUACUGCCGACGGACACAGUUGGACGAGGCUUUCUAUUCUUGUCAAUUAUUGCUUGGCUCUCGGGCGGUGGAGGCUGCCCUUUCUGUCGAUAUAGUAAUCAUGUGUGUGUGUGUGUGUGUGUGUGGCUGGGAGGAGCGGAUGUUCGAAAAUGAGGAAGACUGCCCUUCUUUCUUUCAUUUUUUCUUUCUUAUAUGGAGGCACCCGCGGGAGAUAUGGACAGAGGGGGGACGUGUCUCUCGAGAUGGCUCAUUUCGGUUUACGUGGAAUUCGGUUGCAUAGCAGAGCGAGCGUGGUCGCAUUCCAGGACACAAAGCUGGGACGAAAAACAUUGGCAUCGAUGAGCCGGUUGGGCACAUCCUCAGAUACCUCGAGUUGACGGACAAGUCACCGACCCCGGAUAAUGACGAAACGACUUCAACUUUGAGUCUGGUUCUUCCUUUGUCUUUUUGCCGCAGGAGAUGAUGUGCCUUUCGAUGACGGUCUAACGAGGCCGUUGACAGUAUCUCGAGAUGCGAAGCUCUCCAGAUAU